AAAAAAAAAAGAUAUUGAUAAUUUUUUUUUUAUUUGGACUUUUUCUCCCUCCCUUGCUUAUUUAUAUUUUUUCUUUUGCAGAUAGCAGUGUAGUUUUUUCAAGCAAUAAUGAAAUUUGCUCAUUCACUUAUACUGAAUGCUGUGCCGGAAUGGAUCGACCAGUAUGUCGAUUAUGACCAUUUAAAGAAGAUCGUCUAUCGUGUGGAGCGCGAAAUUGUGCAACAACCGGCCAGACGCCGAACCAACGUACCGAUCAUCAUGGAAGAAGGUGAACAAAAGACCGAACAGCAAGAAAGCUUGGAUGAGAAACGUCUCUUGUGGACAAGGGACCAGCAAUUCACAAAAGCUCUCGAUGAACAGCUGGAAAAGGUCGUUAAAUUUUACGCCAAAAAGGAAACCGAGAUUAUGCAGGACGCAAGAGCCCUCAAUGAUCAGUUUGAUUCAUUUGGUGUCUCGUUACCAACUCUUGAAACGAUACCUCACGGCAAUGAAAAUGACUUGAAGAAGCUGGAUACACAGACCAAUCGACGGGUAUCCACCGUCUCCACCCAAUCUUCCAUGGAUACCGUCGACGACCCAACUGAACAGAAUCUGGAAGGUACCGAGCUGGGCAAUAUGCAAUCCUUUACCACCCCCAGUUCACUCGGAAGACGAGCCACCACGUCCAUGAUUGAGCGGCCCUCCGAAUCCCAGCCAACCACACCGGAGAGAACGACAGUGCGACGCCGAGCCACUACUGUUGAGGACGGAUUUCGCCAACGCAACGAAGCUGCUCCCAACCGCAUCAUUAAUCCCGGGCUCUCUUUUCUCAGAAGAUACGGUUCACACCCUUCCUUGAUUGGUCCAGCCGAAGGGAUCGAGAACUUUAACCGCCUUUACAAUUUCCGUGCCCAUUGUGCGGCCAUCUACAUUUCACUAUCCGAACUCCGAUCCUAUGCCAUCAUGAACCGAACCGCCUUUGGCAAGAUUCUCAAGAAGUGGGAUAAAGUCACCAACAGCAACCUAAGGGAAAACUACUUUGACAAGAUUGUUAUGAACGCUGACCCGUUCAAACCAGAACACCUUCGAAGGCUAAGCAAUGCCAUGCAACUCAUCGCGGAUAUGUAUGCCGCUAUCUUUACCAAUGGCGAUGUCAAUUCCGCUUUGGCAGAACUGAAACUCCACAUGCGCGAUCAUAUCCAGUUUGAACGCACCACUGUGUGGAAGGAUAUGAUCGGUCAGGAACGUCGCAUUCGCGAUGCACACGUAGAAGUGGCAGAGACUCAAAUCAAGAUUCCUUUCAUUCACACCACGAUCAGCAAAUCCGUCCUCACGGAUUUCAUCACCUUUCUCUUCAGUCUGGUGGUCUAUAUCAUUUUCAUGUCCGUCGAUGUCAUUGGCGACCGUGAAGCGAACAAGUGCCUCGCCCUUCUCCUGUUCUCCGCUUUACUAUGGGCUUUUGAAAGUUUGCCGCUCUAUGCAACCGCCUAUCUGAUCCCAUUGAUGAUCGUGCUCAUGGAUAUUGUCAAAAUCGACGGCCAAGUAGUCUCCGCCGCAGUGGCGGCCGAGGCUGUGUUUUCGAGCAUGUUCAAUGGUACCGUCAUGGUGUUACUAGGUGGAUUCGCCAUCGCCGCUGCGCUCAGCAAGCACGGUAUUGCCAAAGCAUUUGCCGCCGUGGUCAUGAGUCGUGCCGGUACAAAGCCGCGUUGGGUCAUUCUCGUCAAUAUGUAUCUCGCCACCUUUUUGAGCAUGUGGAUCAGUAACGUCGCAACGCCCGUCCUCUGUUUCUCAUUGGCUCAGCCGAUUCUGAGAACUUUACCACCGCAUUCCAAGGUCGGUCCUUGUCUUAUUCUCGGUAUUUCUUUGGCAAGUUGCAUCGGAGGCCUUGCAUCGCCUAUUUCUUCGCCUCAGAAUAUCAUCACCAUUAACCUUAUGGACCCCAAUCCUGGUUGGGGCCUUUGGUUUGCAGCCGCAUUGCCUAUUGCUAUCAUCACCGUGGCCACCACCUGGGUCCUGCUUUUGUUGUAUUUCCGACCGGAGCAUGGAACACCGAAUAUCAACAAGGUGAAAUCCCAGGUUGAGGGCAAACCGAGUUUCCGCCAAGUGUGGGUAUGUUUCAUCUGUAUUUUGACCAUCGCCUUGUGGUGCGCCGAAUCGGCCUUGGCCAACUUCUGGGGCGACAACGGAGUCAUUGCUGUCAUUCCUUUUGUGUUGCUGUUUGGCACCCGCAUGCUGACCAAGACGGAUCUUAAUAAUUUCUUGUGGUCGGUGGUGGUCCUGGCUCAGGGUGGUAUGGCCCUUGGAUUUGCCGUUAAAAGUUCCGGAUUACUGGAUAUUAUUGGUCACCGUAUCGCCACGGGGGUCGAAGAUCUCCAAGUACUUGCGAUCAUCUUUAUUUUUGGCAUCUUGGUGCUGGUCUUUUCCACCUUUGUCAGCCACACCGUGGCCGCCUUGAUUAUCUUGCCCAUUGUGAAACACGUCGGCGAGCAACUCACUCCUCCCCGACCGAAUUUGCUCGUCAUGGUCACCGGUCUUGUCUGCUCCGUCGCCAUGGGUCUGCCGGUUUCAGGAUUUCCCAAUAUGAACGCUAUCAUGCAAGAAGAUGCUGCGGGCAAAGCCUACUUGAAGAUCAAAGAUUUCAUUCUUUGUGGCAUACCAGCUUCAAUUGUCGCCGGCAUUAUUGCUAUUCUCUUGGGCUAUGCCAUUGUCAGUGGCGUGGGCUACUAAAAUAUUCUUUCUUUUUUCUUUGCAUGCAUUUUUCAUAUUGACACACCGCUUUUCAAAACCAUCAUGUAAUAAUAAACACAUCUCAUCUUGUAACUCUCCAGAUACAUAGUAGAAUAAUGGAGCGUGCCUAAAAUUCCAUUAAAG